AUGAGCCUUGAUUGAAAAUCAAAAACUCUCUGUGGAUGCAUGUGCGGGGUGAGCUUUAUUUAUUAUUCUUAUGAAAUUUUGUCACAUUUAGAUGAUUGGUAUAGCUAUGAAGAGAUUAAAGAAAUGACAGAAUGCAGCGAAGUUUAUGCGGUUGAAGUUUGGAUGCUAAGCCAAUGCUUUGUUUGGUGACUGGCAAUUUUAACUGUUUUUACUAUAUAUCUUGAGCUUCACGUUUAUAAAGGAUUUUUGGUGUUUUUGUAUUUGAUUGGGCCGGUUUAUUUUGUAUGCACAACGAUAAUAGUAUGAUAUUUAGGAUCUUUUAUUAUUUGCUGUGAUGAAGAAAUGGAUGAGUGUGUGAAUUUUUAUCCUUAUACACAUUUAGCAAGCAUUUUGGUGCUGAUGGGGCUGUCGAUGCUGCUUUCAAUUACUAUGAACGCUAUUUUACUGACUUCAUUUCUAGGACCUUACUGGAGCCAUAUCAGAGCGUCUCUUAUUCAAUACACAAAUAUCUUUUAA